UAUACCACGCGCGUAGAGGGUUCUUGUUCCUGCGUGUGUAUCUCUCAAACACUUGCUUGCUUGGUUGGUUGCUUCUGGUGUAGCCGAAUUUCCCGUUUUUCUCUGGAAAUCGAGUUUCAUGGGUUAUACUUGCUCAGCUUCGACAUCUUUCAUCUCUACUUUCCGCGGUCCGUCAGUCUCAACUGAUGUUUCUUUCAUUUCUCAAUCUCGCACCAUCUCUCUUCCUCUCAAAUCGCUAGCAUCAGAUGCCGCUACAAGGUAUCAUCGAAAUUCUCGCCCCCAGGCCAUCUAUUCCGGCGGCCGUUGGACCCCGCACAAGUCUUCUAGGGAAGGAAUUUGGUCGAUAAGAGAUGAUUUGCAGCUACCAACGUCAUUAUAUAUUCCUGAUAAUACUAUACGAGGAGGGCAAGGGCCACCUCCAAUGGUUCAGGAGCGUUUCCAGGGCAUUGUUAGCCAACUCUUCCAACAUAGGAUUAUACGAUGUGGUGGGGGAGUUGACGAUGACAUGGCAAACGUUAUUGUUGCUCAGCUUCUUUCUCUCGAUGCUAUUGAUCCGGGAAAGGACAUUGUUAUGUAUAUCAACUCUCCUGGUGGAUCAGUUACAGCAGGUAUGGCAAUAUUCGAUACGAUGAGGCAUAUCCGCCCAGAUGUCUCUACUGUCUGUGUUGGUCUGGCUGCAAGUAUGGGUGCAUUUCUUCUUAGUGCUGGGACUAAGGGGAAACGAUACAGCUUACCAAACUCGAGGAUAAUGAUACAUCAACCUCUUGGCGGUGCUCAGGGUGGGCAAACAGAUAUAGACAUCCAGGCGAAUGAGAUGCUGCAUCACAAGGCAAAUUUGAACGGAUACUUAGCUUAUCAUACGGGGCAAAGCCUUAUAAAGAUAAACGAGGACACUGACCGUGAUUUUUUCAUGAGUGCAAAAGAAGCCAAAGAGUAUGGACUCAUAGAUGGUGUGAUUCUGAAUCCUCUCAAAGCUUUUCAACCUCUGGCAGCUACUGCAACUGCAGAUCAAUGAGAUGGGGUUGGUUAAGACUCAACAUGCUUAACUGCCCUAACUAAAAUCAUUUCCUGUCUUUGAUUAUUGAUAGAAUUUGAUGGAUGGAUGCCUAUUCUACAUGAAAUGUAUCUUUAGAAUUUGCUAAGGUUGUUUUUGGCCUCAUUUUUUUGUGUUAAGCUUUGUUUUGUUUUGUUUUGUUUUGUUUUGUUUUGAAUUGUAGUACAGUGACAUUAUACAAAUACAUCAUACUCUUCAAAUGUCCAACUGUU